CUCGACACGGAAAGGCGCCGAUGGACAAGUCACACCUCGGUGACCUCUGGCUCAUUGCUGCCGCGCGCCACCCGAUCCUGUGGCUCGCGGUGCUCAAGCACAUCCUGUCGAUCGUCUUCCUCGUCGCCUGCACGGCCAUCAUGCUCAAAGCCACGCCCAGCGAAGAGAUCCUCGCCGGUAUAUACAUGGCCAAGUCGGCGAGCCCGCUCGUCUUUGGCACAUUUGCACUUCUUAAUGCACUCGCGCUCGCCGCGAUGCUCCAGCCUCGCAAGUCGGCCAAAGUCGCGGGGCCAACGAUCGCCCACCUGCGCCGGUCGCGUACCCGCCGCUUCUUUUCCCACGACGUGACGCUCAUGGCCUUUCAAACGAUCGAGACAACGAUCCAAGUGCUCCAGGCGUACCGUCUCAGCCUCUACUGCGUCGACAUUUCCAUUGCGACAGCGUAUGCGCUCGUCAUAAGCGUCGCCUGCCUCGGGAUCCCGUGGCUCUUUUUCUCGACCCACAGCUUUGUGAAAACGACGUUGGUCCUCUUCUUCAACAGCUUUGUGAGCUUUGUCUUGACAAUCGGGUUCGCACUGACUCGGUUCCUGCCGCCGCUGCUCACUGCGCACUUCCACGACAAACGCACCGAGUACUCGCUUCUCUGGAUGACGCGGUAUUUGUCACUGACGCGCUUUAUGUUUCCCAUCUCGGCCAUGGAGCUCGUCGCCAAGUCGAUUCUAUUGGCGUCAAGCCUCGUCAACUUGCGCCGACUUGUCGCUCACGUCCGUCGUACAACGGCAUUGCGCAGGGGCUCCGUCAUGUCGUUAUCUGGUCUCUCGAUGCGCAAAACCUCGUUCGUCGCCCUCGUUCAAGUCAAGCGGACGCUCCGCUUUCGCCGGCAACGCGCGCAGCAAGUGUUUUUUGUCGCGCAGCAGCUCGUGGGCGCAGCGAUUUUGAGCAAUGUCCUGUACAUUCACGCUGUGCGGCCUCGCUGCCCGCACGGCUGCGCCCUCGAGACAGCGCCAUGGUUUCAAGCCCAGUGCACCUGCCGGUACCUCGUGAUCAACUGCAAGGACGGCCAUAACCACGAAGCCUCGUCCCUCCUCUCGACACGCACGUGGGGCGCCGACCUCUUUAUGCUGCACUUUGUCCAGUGCCCACUGCCAAACGGUAUUGACGUGGGUACGUUGGCGCCGUUUCCGUCACUUUUUGGCCUUGUGCUUGAGAGCUCCCACCUCACAAAUUGGUUGUUUAACGGGUCGUUCUGGCCAGCAUCGCUCUUGCUGCUCGAGUCGCGCUACUCGAAUCUGUCGCUCGUUCCAGAGGUAUUUUAUACUCUGCCGCCGCGACUGCAAGUGUUGACGCUGCGCGGGAAUCACGUGCGCCACCUCCCCGAGACUCUAGUAUCCCAUUGGCAGUCAGUGUCGAUGUUGCUCUUGUCCGAGACGUACCUCUCGAGUGUGCCAGAGUCCUUUUUGCAGCUAGACCGCUUGGAGCGACUCGACUUGGGCUCGAAUCGAUUUACGACUAUCCCAACAGCAUGGGCGACCGCACUGCCGGCGUUAACCCGCCUCGAGAUGGCCAACAACAACAUUACCGAGUUCCCGACCAACCUGCUGCAGUCCAAGCCCGAGAUGCUUGUCGAUCUGAGCAACACGCACAUCGACAGCGUACCACCGAGUUUGCAAGCCGACGUAGCGUCGCGCCGAGUGCUUCUCGAUGGUACACCGUACUGCGCGUCGACAAGCGCUGCAGGUUGCGCCAGCGUCUGCGCUACCACAUGCUCCACUUUGCAGUGGGGCGACAAUGUGUGUCAUGUUGGCUGCAACGAACCAAGCGCGUGCGGUGGCGACGGUGGCGACUGUAGUGCUCUUGUAUCGACCUAGUCGUUUCUAUACAGUCGGUAUUCCUCCUUGAUGACUUGAG